GUUCAAGAAUGAGAUCAUCCUUUUAUCGAAACUACAACAUCGAAAUCUUGUUAAACUCAUGGGCUACUGCAUUGAAGGAGAUGAAAAAAUUUUGGUAUACGAGUACUUGUCGAACAAAAGCUUGGACACCUUUCUUUUUGAUUCAACGAAAAAGGUAGAACUCGACUGGGGCAAACGAUUUCAUAUAAUCCAGGGAUUGCAAGGGGGCUUCUCUACCUCCAUCGAGAUUCUUGCCUUAGGGUCAUACAUCGAGACUUAAAAGUAAGUAAUAUUCUCUUAGAUGAAAAGAUGAACCCAAAAAUUGCUGAUUUUGGGUUGGCACGAAUGUUCGAGGGCACUCAAGUUUUGGUGAACACUCACAAAAUUGCUGGAACACUUGGCUAUAUGUCUCCUGAGUACGCCAUGGGCGGGAUAUUUUCCGAGAGGUCCGAUGUCUAUAGCUUUGGAGUGCUGCUACUGGAGAUUGUUAGCGGCAAAAAGAACACGGCCCUGUAUGACCAGGGACAACAUCUGAAUCUCCUUUCGUAUGCAUGGCAAUUAUGGAUUGAAGGCAAGGCAUUGGACCUAAUGGAUGGAGCAAUUGCUGUUAGCUCUCCAGUGGAGGUAACAAGAUGCAUCCAUGUUGGGCUUCUCUGUGUUCAGGAGCAUGCCGCAGAUAGACCAAACAUGUGGAAUGUGGUUCUGAUGUUAAAUGGCGAAACUGAUCUUCCUCAGCCAGGACAGCCUAUAUUCAUUUUCCAAGCUGAAAUGCUAAAACGUCAUAUUCCGUCACAGCAGGAAAGCAUCUGGGCUGUUAACACUGUCACUAAUACCAUGGUCGAAGGAAGAUGAUGGCUAUUUUUCAUCUUUAUUUUCUGGUGUUUGGAGAUGAUUUUGUUGUUAUUUUCUAAGAUAUUAGUGUUUAUUCAAUUCAAGGAUGGCUUUAGUUCGAUCCGAACAAAAGGUUGAAUGAACUGCUCCACUUCUUACA